AUGAAGCAGAUCGUCGCCACGCUGGAGCGACAGGUGGACGGAAACCGUCAAGCAGACGGUAACUGGCAGGCAGACAUUCACAUACAGGCAGGGAAGGCCGAACAGACAGGGACCAGCAAGGCAGCUGCAUUGGCGCAGGAUACAGCACCGGGAGGCGCAGGUAGGGAUGCUGCUGCAACGAAGGGGAUAGCCGUAGGCACAGUUGUAGGGGCAGCGUCAGGUGUGGUGGCGAGAGAGGGAGGGGCAGGGCGAAGUGAGGUAGCUGCCACUGGUGCUGCGGCGACAGCGAUAGGAGCAGCAGCAGUUGGGGCUAAAGCAGAGGCAGCUGGGACCUCCAGAGGCGAGUUUGCUGUAAGGAUGGAUGAGAGGGCGCAAGAGGAGGAAGAGGAGGAACAGGAGGAGCAGGAGGAGCAGGAGGAGCAGGAGCGGGAGCAAGGGCAAAGAGCAGGGAGUAGGGGGGCAGGAGAGAGCAUGAUGAGGCAUGGCACAGCAGGUGCGUCCAGGGUGCUGUGGCUGCUGGAUCAAAUGGAAAGGGUGGGGAUUGAAGCUGAUGCGGAGACAUACCGCUUGGCCCUGCAUGCUUGCUGCCUUGACGACCUCGUGGGUCAUGCUAAGCCCGUGGGCAUGGGCAGCUCUAAGGGCGCAGGCAUGGGUCACCGCGCUGCUCACAGAGAACAUCGUCUGGGUGCUGACGUGGCGGCAUUCAAUGCGAUGGUGACGGCUUGUGCUCAUGCUGGAGAAGGGCUGAGGGCGCUUGACUGGCUGCAAAAGAUGGAGGUUUCAUCUGCCACUCCGCCAAAUGCCACCACCUACCAGCAAGCUGCCAUCGCUCUUGCUGAUGCCAGUCACUGGGAGGUCGCUCUCUCCCUCAUUCCACGAGCACGCUCUAGAGGUAUUGAACCCACGGCCUUGAUGUUUGAGGUGGUGCAGCGGGCAUGUGCUGCCAAUGGGGCAGACUUUGCAUCACAGUUGGCAGCUGUUUCAACCCCUCGUGCAGAUUUGGUUGGUGGUGCGAAGAGUUGA